UUCUUUAUUUUUUAUUUCACUUGAGUAGGGUGGGUUAACUUUAAACCUUUGAAUUUUCUGAAUCAUCAAUCAAUUAUAAUAAAGUGAAAUCUCAAAAAUUUUAUCCUUUUCCUUUGUUGGGGGAUUUAUUUUAAAAAUAUUUUAUACUCUAUUUGUUUUAUUACAGUAAAGGGUAAUUGCAAAUUGUCAUUGGUGAAUUAGCCAUGGGUGUUGCCGAAGUUGUCACUCCUGAUAGAUUGCCGGGAAAGAGGAUUGCUGUAUUAGUAUGUUGGUUUCUUGGUAUGGGUUCUCUCCUUUCAUGGAACACUAUGCUCACUGUUGGAGAUUACUAUUACAAAGUUUUUCCGAAAUACCAUCCAUCAAGGGUACUUACACUUGUUUAUCAACCAUUUGCUGUUGGAACACUGGCAUAUCUUGCUUAUAAUGAAUCGCGGAUUGACACUAGAUGGAGAAACAUAGCUGGAUAUAUUCUUUUCUUCGUUAGUACAUUCGGUUGCUUAUUGUUGGAUUUAGCAACAUCUGGACAUGGAGGGGUUGGACCUUAUGUAGGUAUAUGCAUUUUGGUGGCUGCUUUUGGAGUUGCAGAUGCCCAUGUACAAGGUGGAAUGUGUGGAGACUUAGCUUUUAUGUUGCCAGAGUUUAUUCAAUCAUUCUUUGUUGGUUUGGCUGCUUCGGGUGCUUUAACUUCCUGUCUGAGGCUAGUAACAAAAGCAGUUUUUGACAAAUCUCAUGAUGGGCUUCGCAAGGGUGCAUUGCUCUUUUUGGCAAUCUCCACAGCACUGGAGCUUGCAUGUGUUUUCUUGUAUGCAUUCUACUUUCCCAAAUUGCCGAUUGUUAAGUACUUUCGAACAAAGGCGGCUAAGGAAGGAUCUAAAACUGUUACAUCAGACCUUGCCGCAGCUGGCAUCAAACAGAUCGAGGAAAACGCAAAAGUAGAAGAUCGUUUUACAUUAAAACAACUGUUAUAUCAGAAUUGGGAUUAUUUUCUCGAUUUAUACCUAAUCUAUGCAUUGACAUUGUCAAUUUUCCCGGGUUUUCUGUUUGAAAAUACAGGAGAACACAAGUUAGGUGAUUGGUAUGCUGUUGUGUUGAUUGCCAUGUACAAUGUUUUGGAUUUAAUUGGAAGAUACACCCCACUUAUUAAAUGCGUAAAAUUGGACUCCCGAAAGGGCUUAAUGAUCGCUAUCCUAGCCCGUUUCCUGUUUGUCCCGGCAUUUUAUUUCACUGCGAAGUAUGGAGACCAAGGAUGGAUGAUUAUGCUCACAUCCUUAUUGGGUUUUACCAAUGGCCAUCUAACUGUCUGUGUGAUGACUGUCGCGCCAAAGGGUUACAAGGGACCGGAGCAAAACGCAAUGGGAAAUUUGCUGGUUUUGUUCCUUCUCGGUGGCAUAUUUUCCGGAGUUUGCCUUGAUUGGUUGUGGCUCAUAGGAAACGCUAGCUUUUGAUCAAGAACACACUGUGAAAAGCAACGAUGUUGAAAUAGAUGCCAUUCUCAUAAAGGUUUAGGGAAAUCAUAGUUUUAAGUUUUCUUUAUAAUAGAAUACACAUUGUUUCUUCUUUCUUUAAAUUUGGUAUGAGUUAUUUUAGGAGCGAUUUUAAUGAACUGUAUUAGAAGAAGCUUUACUGUUAGUUGCAAAGGUUUAGGGGAAUUGUGCAUAA